CCACAUAAAAUAUUGAUCUAUAAAUGCCAGGUCAACUUUAGUACGCGGAAAACCCACCGAUUUCUGCGUUUUUCUUUUGUUUCUUGACCCGCCCAAUAUGCCUUUCGUCGUCGAUUCAUACAAUACCGCCUCGACCAGUGUGCAACUACCAUACAUGCCGAGUGAUACCACAGGUAUCGAACGAAUAAUGCUCGCUGCACAGGGUGACCUCCAGCGUCUAUUGAGCACAUUCUUUGCGCGCCCGAUCUUCGUUGAGCCCGUAUACGCCGAUACUUCUCCGCGACUCCACUCUGCAUCACCCGACUACGCCAUAACACAGUCGCGGCGGGUGCAUCUAGUCUGUGCGGGGAAGGUUGUCUGUGUUGCUACCUCCACCGUCACUCUCACGUCGCCGGUUGCCGAACGCCUCUUUCUGGAUGACAAGUUCCCCAUCGGCCAGACAAUCCGCAAACUUGGACAAAGUCCGCGGUUUAGCUUGCUCAGCGUCGAGACACUUACCGUUGGCACGAAACGAGAAAUUCGGCGGACAUAUACCCUGGAGACAGAAGGUUUCUCUGCCGAAAUUCUGGAGGUGUUCCCGGAUAGGGAUAUGUUUAUCCGCGGGGAAGCGUGGUUGCUGGAGGGUCAGCCGGAGAGGGAUUUAACAUGUGCGAGUGUGACCGAGAGCUACCUCAGACCUGAGUGGUUGUCGCUUAGUGUCGUGCAUUAGCGUGUGGUAGUUUCAUCUGUGUAUGUAAUGUUAGUAUAAAGUAAUGUACCCUAUUACCCUGUUCAUGAAGACUUGAGUCCCGCACGUCAUAAGAUUCUUUGGACGUGGGUACACGAUUACUUUUUCUUCGAGUCGUCGGUCAAUAGUAUGGCAAAACUGUCACA